AUGUUUCGAGCUCGCAGAUAUCGAGUUCUGAUCAUAUUCGCGGCGGCGUUCGUCCUAACAUUCUUCCACUUUGCGCGAUCCCGCGAUUGGAGCAACACAGUGCCCGAAGAGUCUAUUAGUAUCCAUCCUGCCGAUCCUGCCCAUCCUAAUCAACCUCCAACACCCAACCUUGGACCUGUCGCUGCCCCCGACAGCAAAAAUGCUGCUCCCGAACCUCACCACGGCUCGGUCACCCCUCCGCCAACCGACAAGAUCAUUAUCUCUCCCGUAGGUCCCAACAGCGGAUCGAAGCACGACAACAAUCGGUUCAAAGAGGCUGCGAGCGAUAAGCCGCCAGUGAAUGCGCCCAGUCAGGAUGACACCAAGGACCACUUUAAGGUUUCCACGGGGGAGAGCACAGUCACGUUGCCACCAUCCACAUCAGACGAGGAAAUUGACAAUGGAGGCGGAGGUCGGAUCCCAGUGGAUCGCCAAAAGUCAGGCUCCCCAACUGCCAGAUGGAAGAAAUUCCCAGAACGGUAUCCUGUUUCUGCAGCAGAGGUGAUUAAGCUGCCCAAGGUGCAGUCGAAAACUAUUCCCAAGCUGCAGGCCAAAUUCAAGGACGAAUCCAGCUCCAAUAAGCAGGAGCGUAUUCAACGACUGAGCGCUAUCAAGGCUGAAUUCAAACACGCAUGGCAAGGUUAUAAAAAGGCUGCGAUGGGACAUGACGAGGUAAAGCCCUUGUCCAAGGAGUCCGAGGACCCCUUCAAUGGCUGGGGGGCGACUUUGGUCGAUUCUCUUGAUACCCUGUGGAUCAUGGAGUUAAGAGAUGAGUUCUCAGAGGCUGUGGAUGCGAUCAAGAACAUUGAUUUCAAAACCUCGCUUAGAGAAGAUAUCCCAGUGUUCGAGGCCACAAUCCGCUAUAUUGGUGGACUUUUGGGAGCCUACGAUAUCUCUGGUCACCGAUACUCCGUACUGUUGGAGAAGGCCGAAGAGCUCGCUGAGAUUCUCAUCGGUGCCUUCGACACGCCAAACCGCAUGCCGCAACUGUAUUAUCGCUGGGCGCCAGAUUUUGUCGCGAAACGCCAUCGGGCUUCGUCUCGGGCUGGUCUGGCUGAAAUUGGAUCGCUUUCUUUGGAGUUUACUCGCUUGGCCCAGCUAACCAAAGAGGACAAGUAUUAUGAUGCCAUUGCACGGGUUACCAAUGAAUUGGAGAAAUUCCAGGAUUCGACAAGUAUACCUGGACUUUGGCCCAUCCGAGUCAACGCACAGGGAUGCUCCCGCUACAAGUCUCAGCGAAACGGCAGUCCUGCGGAUGAACAACUUCCUGCCAGCACAGCUCAAGCUAGUGCUACCAAAACCCGCAAAGCUUACGCCGCGCCGACAGAUAUUGAAAGCUACACGAACUUGAUCAACCGUGACCAGAUUGCAGAUUCCAACAAACAUGUUCAAGUCACCAAUACUACCCAGCACCCAGACGAGUCUUAUAUUCAGGCACGUAAACAAACGGUCUUGUCGUCAGAUCAGUGCAACGGGGGGCUUGAGCUUCCCCUCUCGGCUGCUAGUAACAAGUACACCAUGGGAGGAAUGGCUGAUUCUACCUACGAGUACCUUCCAAAAGAAUACCUGCUCUUGGGCGGAACAAAUGAGCAGUAUCAAAAGAUGUAUACCAAGGCAGCCACUGCCGCCCGCAAAACCCUUUUGUUCCAGCCUAUGGUAAAAGGCGGACGUGACAUCCGCUUCAUGGCCUCAACAACACCCAUCACUCCCGGGAAGCCUGCACAGCUGAAUCCCACCGAUUUCGAGUACGAAGGUCACCAUCUGACAUGUUUCGUUGGUGGUAUGUACGCUUUGGGUGCCAAGGCGUUUGGCCUUGACGGUGACCUGGAGCUCGCAGCCAAGCUCACUGAUGGCUGUGUUUGGGCUUAUGAGGUCACCCAAACGGGCAUGAUGCCUGAGCGAUUCCGUCUCUUGCCCUGUGAAAAAGGAUCCGCCUGUGAGUGGGACCAGGCCCGUUUCGAAGCUGGAGUGGCUCGCUAUUCGCGCGUGGACCCCGAAGCAGGACCCCAGUUCCGCAACGGAGAGGAUACUUACGGACAGCGUCUGAAGUUGAACGCCCACGAGGCACCCCAGGAGUCCGGGCGCCAAAUGGUCCCUGUGCCCAUGCCGGGCUCAUUGAACCCUCAUGAUAGUGAUGUGAUCUCUAAGCGUGAUGGGUUUGCAGUUGGGAAGCGCGCCGACUCAUCAUACUCGGCUGCCACUGCGACAUCCACGCCUGUUGGGAGUGGGUUGGAAAACCGCGACGCUCCUCGUUCUUCUUCGGCGCCUGCUUCGCCUCAGGUUGCUGCUGUGGGUAAAGAUCACCUCCCGGCAGGCAUGAUCAGUAUUCCCCAGCCGAACUACUAUCUUCGGCCCGAGGCGAUCGAGUCUGUAUUUAUCAUGUACCGUUUGACCGGUGAUGAGACCUGGCGUCGCAAGGGAUGGCAAAUGUUCGAGGCCAUUUCGAAGUAUACCCGCACGGAACUCGCUCAUGCAGCCAUCAACGAUGUUACAGCCCAAAAGCCAACCCAGAAGGAUACCAUGGAGUCCUUCUGGCUCUCAGAGACUCUGAAGUACUUCUACCUGCUCUUCAGCGACCCCAGUGUCGUUGAUUUGGAUAAAUAUGUUCUGAAUACCGAAGCGCAUCCCUUCUUGCGUCCACCUGAGGUCUCGGAGACUGAGUUCUGGUCUGAACUCCAAACGAUCGUCUCCAAAUCUUGUGACUCCGAGGACCUGAUCGACGACGCCCUCCGAGCUUAUCUCAGUCUAACAACGCAACAUAAAGGUGAAUACCUUCGAUCGGAAACCGACAUCUCGCGCUGUUCCUACAAACUCUUCACCUCAAGCAUAUUUGCAAGUCAUGCGGACUAUGUACGACGACAGAUCAUUUACGGGCUGUUGCAGGAAGACGACCCCAAUACCCUCCACUUCCUUGCGUCGUUCAUCCUCUUCGAUGGCCGGCAAAAUGAGAACGUGCUGCAGAUGUUGAAUGCGGAGGGUGCGUUUGCGCGUCUCCUUGAACUGAUUCAGGUUAUGCGCAGAGCAGAUCUGGACGGUGAUGCCGGCCUUCAUCGUUUGUUGAUGGAUCUGAUAUAUGAGAUGUCGAGGAUACAACGGGUCAAGAUCGAUGAUUUGGUACUCGUGGAUGACGACUUCAUUCGCUGUCUUUUUGAUAUCAUCGAAGACCUAUCGUACGAUGUCACUGACCCGUACCAUUAUCCUGUUAUUCGGGUGUUGCUAGUUUUGAAUGAGCAGUUCAUGAUAUCAGCCCACGAUCCAGUGGAUGGCGCACCUUCGGGACAUUUGACCAACAAGGUCAUCAAAAUUCUCUCCGUAUAUGGCGGAAUGUACAAGACAUUCGGAGAGAACAUCAUUCUCUUGAUCAAUCGCGAAGCCGAAACGUCCCUCCAGCUGCUCACAUUGAAGCUUCUCUAUCUCAUCUUCACGACCCCUAGCACGUAUGAAUACUUUUUCACCAAUGAUCUGCAUGUUUUGGUCGAUAUUCUGAUCCGAAAUCUACUGGACCUACCUGAAGAGGCAGCAGCACUGCGACACACAUAUCUACGUGUCCUCUACCCGCUUCUAGCUCACACCCAACUACAGAACCCACCUCACUACAAACGUGAUGAACUACGAAGGCUUUUAAGUGAUUUAGUUAGGGGACAGGUCUCAUAUGGAAACGAUCCAGAACACGAGAAAAUUCUCCACUUCGAAGAGGUCGAUGAGACGACGCGCCGACUUGUCGCUCGAUGUGCAACAGUGGCUUGGCUACGAAAUGUUGAACAUCCUGUUCCAUCAGAACCGCAGGGAACCCUAACUCGAGUGACAGAAACCACGAUUGGAACUGUUCUUGAUCAAGCCGAGCAGCUAGCUUCGCCUGUGCCAAUCAGUGAACCAGUGGAAGUCCCUCCUCGUACACUAUCUCGAGCAAGCACCAUCGCAAGCUCGCCAGAUACAGCUUCACCAACAAGGAUGGACUCGUGGAGCUCAUCAAAUGCACCAGGUAGUCGGAAGCACAGCUUGGUGCAACGGCUCGGCAUGUUGGAGCCUGCAUCUGCAUCCUCGCUGAGCGUUCAGGCAGUUGCAGCGCAGCACGAAAAGCCUGGAAUCAUCACACCAAGUCGCAAAGAUGAAGGGGUUGCAGCCGCUCUCAGCGACGAGACGCCGAUCAUCCGACCACCAAAAGUCAAGCCUGAGCCACCAAAGUCCCGUCGUUGGCGCGGGCGCCGCCUGGCUGCGGAAGACGAGGACCACCAUUCUGCUGGCACCAGCAGCGAUGGGAACACCAUUCCCGAGGGGGUCGAAGUGAGCCCGACUACCGUCUUUACCCCCGUAACCCCUACCACUUCAUUGUCGCAGGCAAUCCCCGGUGGGCGUCGCAAUUCUGGAUCAAGUUCCAACCUUGCACCCCCAUCUCCACAGCCACGACGGUCUGCAUCAAAUCCCCCACCUGCUCUCCCGCCACCUCGUCGCUCUAAUCAUUCCACACCCUCUUCAAGUCAUCACCGACCUUUGGCUCCAGUACCUGGCACGGGCCGACACGGACAGGCUCCACUUCCUCCAAAAACACGGCGUUGGGGCCGUGGAAAGGCACAUGGACAGAAUGACUCGGUUGAAAGUGCAGCUAGCAACGCCAGUCCAUCCAAGGACCCCGAGUCGUCCGAAAUCACUGCUGUUGCAACUGAGCAAGACCCGUCUCCGGAGGGCGAGACUCCCUCAGACCCAUUUUCGCCAAAAUCACCAACGCUGUUGGUAUCUCCAGCUACAGAUAGUGAAAAUACAUCGACCAACGGCGCUGCCGAUGGCGCGCCCCUUAGUGUAGAGGAAGCAGUGCAAAACGUCUCACUGCAUUGA